AUGUUCGUACUUGUCGAAGAACAAUCUGGCAAGCUGAUGGAACAAGCCAAUGAUCUGCUUGAAGCCAAGAAAGUAGAGACGGCACGAAUUCACAGCGACGCGCCACAAACUCACAAGCCGCUCUUGGAGUCGCUGGACUUGGAGCAAAAGGCAGCCAGUCUCGGAGAAGCCCGUGUGACGAGCAAGCAGGGGCAAGCCGUGAUGCUGUUCACGAUCAUCACCAUCAUAUUCCUCCCUCUAUCCUUGUUCACUUCUUAUUUCGGGCAGAAUGUAGUGGAAUUCACUGGGGACGAGAAGAACCCGACGGCCAGCGAGGUUUGGAAAGUACGAGCUCCGAUUUCCGUGGUGGUAAUUGUGGUGGCACUUAUCAUCGCAUUCUUCAUCAUGUCCUCUUGGAAGCGAAAAGCUCAUGAAUACGACUUCAUGGAAACAGGGGCUAUGGUUGAGAAAAUAGCAAAAUUCUACUACAACAUUACAUGUUAA